CAGCACUGGUUGUUCCUGAGUUGGGGUUUGCUCAUCGAACGGCAUUACAAGCCUGGGGACUUUUAAAAAGUCUCUCUCUCUUCGCUUACUUUUCCUCGCUUCCACCCGAGCUUCAUACUAUCGGCCGCCUGUUUAUUGUCGGAGCGGUGUUAGUUUUCACAUCAUCCCAACAUUUACCCUCCCUGUAACAUAUCGUGUGGAUAAAGCCGCUGCGGAACUUCCCAGCCACUUCCAGUGCUCGCUGUGUCUCCUGCUCGCCGGACUUCGGUGUGGUUUCGGUGCAGUAUUCACCUGCUCAUUGCUCUCUCUCUCUCUGCCCCGGGGUGUGCGUGAACGGAUCUAUCCUGUUGAGCCCAGUUUGGUCUACUCUCUGUCGCUCUCCGUCUUGCCAUUCUCCCAGCGAUGGCUCCAAGCUCUCGCCCACAGAUCCCCGCCGUCCUGAGGAUCGCUUGUCUGCUCCUGGUCACCGGCGUCCAGGUUCGAGCACACGGGAAAAUGUUCGUUCUCCGGCCAAUGAAUAGGAGCGCGCAGUGGGACCCGGCCGCGGCCCAAGGAUUGUGCAGAGAGCAGGGGGCGCGCCUGGCUACAGCUGACGAGCUGCGGCGAGCGGUGGAGGAGUGCGCCUUCACAGAGUGUACCACUGGCUGGAUCGCAGGCAACCAAAUCGGGAUAACCAUGUGCAAUAACAUGGGAUUUAGCCAACAGGGCCUUCAAACCAUUCGAGUAAAAACUGAAGCAGCUUCUUCACCUGGUCCAUAUGAUUCAUUCUGCAUUAAAGAUCAAGGUAAACCUUGUGGAGACCCUCCAUCCUUUCCCAAUACCAUUCUCCAGGGCCACACUGGAAUUGAAAUGGGUGAUGAACUGCUUUAUGUCUGCGCCCAAGGUUAUAUCAUGGCCAACAGGGAGAAAGCCUUUAGCUUAUUGUGUGAUAGCUGUGGAGAAUGGUAUGGAUUCGUUCAAGCCUGUAUAAAAGAUAAAACUGAGGGACAUGUUGACUAUGAAGACAAGUUCCCUGAUGAAGACUCAAUGUCUUUUUCCAAUCUUAAUGAGCAAGGAAGAUUCAUUGUUUCGGAGGAUGGUGAGACAGGUCUGGGUGAUGAACUAGGUGAAGGUACUGAUGGAUCAAUAGGAGAGGAUGGCCAAGAAACACUUAAAUCAACUGAGUCACCAGUUUCAUUACUCAGCCAGAAGCAUCUAUUUUGGUUCCCUUCUGAGGUGUUUCCCAGUACUGAGCAGCCAGAUACCAAGGAACCAGACAUGAAGUCCAAACUUCAAAUUACUUCAAGUGACAAUCAAAUUGGGGUGAAGACUGAUGUUACCAAAAGGGUCCAAACAGCCAAAGGCAAAGAUUUACCUGAUGAACCAUCCAUUGUGCACAACGAAACUAAAGUUAUCAAGGAAACUAUUGCAAGUACAGAUGAAACCUGGGUAGAUGGCUAUCCCAUUGUAUCAGAAAAUACAGAGGAAGGUGAGAAAGUUGAUGGAUCAAUAGAAGUAGAGAGUGAAACUACUAUCACCACAGACCACUCCAACUACAUUGAGAUCAGCAGGGCAGAUACUCCAAGCACAACCUCUGCUACUCACUACACACAGAUAAAUGUACCAACUAGAAUGCCAGGUCAAGGAGGUAAACAGGUGGACAUCGGACUAACACCAACUACAGAACCUGAAAAUGUCAGUGUCAGUAAAGCUAUUGAAGAUGCCAAUUUCUACACAACUACCUUUUUGAUCACAGAUGCUGAUGAGUCCCGGAAAUCCCCUGAUGUAAUGACUGCAUCUUCACCAUCUCCGGAAAACACUGGAGUAAGUGAAGGUUUAUACCCUGUAGAUCAUGCCCCAAUCCCCACAGAAACAGAGGAGAUUUCAACCCAUAAUACUUUGACUUUAGGCACACCUGAAGCUAGUACUCGGACUUGGAUGGAUUUUACAGAAAUAGACGCUAUUGAUGCAUUUGCCAAAGGGGAGAAUUUCAGUGAUGGCACAGAGGCCAAACUGCUCCCCACUGUUGACAGCUGCACAGGACCGAAAUGUUUGCACUCAAAUAAAGGUCCCAUAAUCGCGGUCAUCGUAGCAGUGAUUGGUCUGCUGGUAUUAGCAGUAAUAUUGGCGAUAUGGUGCUACAAACGCAGACACCAGAAAACUUCCAUAUACCAACUGAAUGGAAAGGGACAGGUGAGACGCACUGAGCACAUUGAGAUGCAGCGUAAACUGUAAUUUAAAACUUUGCUGAUCGAGAAAGGUUCUGUAAUAAAAGUGGGGCUAUCAGAACUGACCCAACUUAAAAUGGGAAGCAUUCUGAUCUAGCAUGAAUUGUCUUAAUUCCAAGUUGCUUUCAAUAGUCAUCAUAACAAAGAAAUAUGCUUAAAAUACCUGGGUUAAGCAGAAUCAACAAUGAAUUUAAUUAGUUAAGCAGACAAAACCAAAAAGUGUUUCCAAUGGAAGAAUGAUGGGUGUACCAAUAACCUCUGGGCAGGGAUACCUUCUCCUUCGGUUGCAAUCGGGCAUUAUAAAAUUUGACUCAACUUCCUCAAGAAUCUUGUAAAAUUAAGUGUGGGAGCUUUAAGUGGUUCCUGUCAGAAUCAUGUAAAGAUUUGUAAAUAAUUGCUAUUUAGAUUCUGUGUAAGUUUGCAUGUGUUUAACAAAUGUAAUCCAAAAUACUGUCAUUAAUUGAACUUUAUUUCAAGAAAAUGCAAUAUAUAUAUUUAUUCUACUCCCUCUGUAUUUAUUCCAUUUUUAUAUAUGACUAUCUUUUACAAAAUUACUUCACACCGUUCUGAAUAAUGGCCAACAAAAUCAAAUCUCAUCUUUAAUAAAAUGAGGCCAGCUUACUUAAAAAAAAAA